AUGUGAAUGAGUGCGUGCAGGGACAGUUAUGUGAACAGCCCCAUAACUGUGAGAACACCCGGGGUAGCUACACAUGUGGCUGUGAUCCUGGGUACACACUGGACAGCAAUGGCCUCAACUGUACUGAUAUUGACGAGUGCAACCUGGACACAGAUGACUGUGCAGAUGAGGCAACAUGUACCAACACAGAGGGCGGCUUCACUUGUACCUGUAAUACUGGGUAUACUGGCAAUGGUACCCACUGUGCAGAUGUUGAUGAAUGUACGCUGAGUGCCUCCUGUGAUAGCAAUGCAGUAUGCAACAACACUAUCGGAUCCUACACAUGUGCAUGCAAGACUGGCUAUGAAGGUAGUGGGCGCCAAUGUGAGGACAGAGAUGAGUGUGUGGACCCUGACACCUGCCACACAAAUGCACGGUGUACCAACUCCAUCGGCUCCUACAGCUGCAGCUGUAACCCUGGUUACCGUGGUGACGGGACAGUCUGCACCAAUGUGGAUGAGUGUGCAGAGUUACUGGACAACUGCCGUCGGGGGCUGGGGAUCUGUACAGACAACCCUGGGUCAUACAGCUGCGCGUGUAGGGAUGGAUAUGUGGGGGAUGGGAUCACGUGCCAAGAUCUUGACGAGUGUUCGGAUGAUGCUCUGAACAGCUGCACCGAGAACGCGGAUUGCACCAAUACGGAGGGCUCUUAUAACUGUCUGUGUACUGAAGGGUAUGAAGGGAACGGUACAGUCAGUUGCACAGAUGUGAACGAGUGUACAAGGGCUGUAGAUAACUGUGCAGAAAAUGCAACUUGCACCAACACCCCAGGAUCUUACACUUGUAGGUGUGACCAAGGAUUUGCUGGAAACGGGAUACAGUGUGAAGAUGUCGAUGAAUGUCUAAGGGGUGAAGAUGACUGUGACAUUGACACAAAGGCCGUCUGUACAAACCUGAUUGGAAGCUUCAGUUGUGCAUGCUACAAUGGGUACCAAGGGGAUGGUAGGCACUGCACAGAUAUAGAUGAGUGCCUGACUGUCAAUGGCAAUUGCGCUGCCAACUGCAACAACACAGAGGGAAGUUAUUUCUGUACCUGUGGGAGUGGAUACAGGCUGGCUGUAGAUGGUUUCAACUGUGAUGAUGUCAAUGAAUGUGUGGAACAACUGGAUGACUGUGAACAAGUCUGCACCAACACAGACGGUGGAUUCAACUGCUCCUGCGCUCCUGGAUUCACUCAAGUUGGCGACUCCUGUCGAGCUUCUGAAAACUGCACCAGGACUGUUUGCACAAAUGCAGAUUGCUUUGUGCAGAAUGGGACUGAGAGGUGCCUGUGCUUUUCUGGCUACAACGUCACCAACAAUGCUACAGUUUGCACUGACAUCGAUGAAUGUUCAAGUGUCACCCUGAAUGCCUGUGACCAGUUGUGCAACAACACAGACGGAGGUUACACGUGUGGUUGCAGAAGUGGCUACAUGCUUGGUGCUGAUGGUCGAACAUGUACUGAUGUUGACGAGUGUGCAGACAAUAGUCUGAAUGACUGUGACCCCAACGCCCUAUGCAACAACAACGAUGGAGGAUUCACCUGUAGCUGCAGGCAGGGCUAUACUGGCAAUGGAACAUUCUGCGAAGACAUCGAUGAGUGCACAUUUGGCAGUCAGACACAGAACUGCAGUGAGGAUGCCCGGUGUGUCAACUUCGACGGCGGGUUCAACUGCACCUGUCAGGACGGGUAUACUGGAGAUGGCUUCUUCUGUGCCGAUGUGGAUGAGUGUUCCGAUGGUUUCUUCAAACUGCCAUUGAGCAAGCAAUAUGUACAAAUGUCAUCGGCAGCUUUGAAUGUACCUGCAAACCUGGGUACAACGGCACUGGAACAGUAUGUGAAGACAUCGAUGAAUGUAGAAAUGGAACGAGCCAGUGUGAUGGGAAUGCAACUUGCACCAACAACGUUGGAUCCUACACCUGUACAUGUAAUGAUGGUUACACUGGUACAGGGAGAGCAUGUACAGUCUGGUUACUUCGGGAGUGACUGUGUGGAUGUUCUUGAGUGUGAGGGCGAUAUUGACAACUGUGACGACAACGCAGACUGUACGAACACACCUGGCUCCUUCAACUGCACCUGUCAUUCGGGUUACCAUGGAAAUGGAACUGUCUGUACAGGUGAGACAAGUUUUCAAUAG